UUUACAGCAACUGUGCUAAGCUAAAGCUAAAAACGCUAACCGUUUUUUUCCCCCUAACUCUGGGGGUGACCGAGAGUUUGUUACUGUCAUUUCGGUCAUUUCUCAUUCGUGUCUGUCACGUAAUUUAGGACUUGGUAGGCUUUAACUAAUUAGGUUAACCCCUCUCUUUUUUUGUCACACGAUGUUAGUCACUAGUCAAAGUGUCCUGAGCAGCGCGACUUAACCAUAAGUAGCUGCUAUAGACUAAUAAACAACAAAACUCGAGAGCUCAGUAGCAUGGACGUUAUGUUUAAUUUACUUUCUAAGUACAUAUUAUCUAUCUCAAAUUAUGCCUACUAUGCCUACUCUGUAGCUAAAUGGAUCCCCCAAAAUUGCUUGUCACCAUAUUCCAUUGACACAGACAGCGAUGAACACAUGGACAAGUUUCAAGUUUUUUUUAAGUUCUGUGGCUCAUCAGUAUUGGCCGAACAAUCGGAUGUAUAUGUGGCUGCAACGGCAACUCAACUUACGCAGGGUCCAAUUGACGUUGAAAAGCUUAAAGCUCUCCUUGAGAGGAAAGGUGCAAGAGUUCUGGCCGAUUAUGAAGCUUCUGGAAUGCUCUCAGAGACGUCAAGAAAGCUCCUUGUUAAAAUUGGUGUCAGUGAUUUGAUUGAGAGAAAUGGAUUUUAUCCAGCAACUGAUGACAAAACCAGUUUGGCGAGGUGUGUGGUUACGCUUUUCCCGUCACUGAGAGUCAGGAUGGAAGAUGAGAAUGAAGGCUUUAUUGGAACCAGUAUUUCCAGCCUUCUGGACAACCAAAAUCCUCCUGCACGCCAGCCCAACCUUGUGUGUAUUGGUCAACCCAACACCACUGCUCAAUACAUCAUCAUUGCUGAAAACGACAAAGUUGCCAUCCCACUGCAGGAUAAUGGUUUGACCUACGCCAUCGACAAGUUUUUUAAAAUGUUUUAUAUUUGCAAUACGGUAUAUCCUGCCCAAAUCACAUCUGUGUUUCACUUCUUUGAGAGUGUUUACGAAGUGCCCCUCUCUAGUGGGAAGAGAGCUAAAGUUGUGGAGCUCAUUUCAAAGCUCCAGGCUAUGCAGUAACAAAUACAUAUGUGUACAUUUGUCCCAAGUGUAGAAUUUUUUUUUUUUUUUAAAUGACCUGUCUAUUUUGUUUUUGAGGUCAUUCAUAUUUUCCUAGAAUAUUUCAAAUGUUUUUUUUUUCUCUCAGUAACAUGCAUUUCAGUCCAACGGACAAGAGACUUAAAGUAAUUAACAUUAAAGAUUGUCUGAUAACAUAAGUCCAUGAUAUACUGUAAGAUUUGUUGUAUAUUAAAUGUAAUGAAAUAUUUUUAAUAUCAUUA